UUUGAACACGAGCAGUCGCAACAAGUUUCCAUUAGUCUGACAGUGAUAACACUCAACAUACCACCGGAGGAUAGUUGGUGCUGUUAGAGUCGCUGAACACUAAGACUAAUAGUUAUUCUUUUUUUUACAAUUUAAACUGUUUUGAAUUUCAUUAAACAUGGACAUCAAAGUAGAGAGGAGUACGAUGACAGAGUUCUGGAAGGAGCACAGCCGGCAGGCCACGGUUGAGGAAAUGAUGUUGGACUCUCAUGCCCAGGAGCUGACCCAGCACGAACUGCCUGAGAUCCUCUCCCUGCUGCCCAGCCUGUCCGGCCAGAGGGUCCUAGAGCUGGGCGCCGGGAUCGGGAGGUACACCAGCCACCUGUUGACCCAGGCCAGUCACGUGACAGCGGUCGACUUCAUGGAGAGCUUCGUGGAGAAGAACAGACAGGACAACAGUCACUAUAGCAACGCCUCCUUCCUCCAGGCAGACGUCACCAAGCUGGACUUCCCCAAAAACAGUUAUGACAUCAUCUUCUCCAACUGGCUACUGAUGUAUCUGAGUGACGAGGAGCUGACGUCACUAACAGAGAGGAUGCUGGGAUGGCUCCGCCCCGGAGGAUACCUGUUCUUCAGGGAGUCCUGCAACUACCAAUCAGGUGACAUUAAGAGGACAUUUAACCCCACCCACUACAGAUCGUCGGCCCACUACAGUCACCUGAUGACAACAACACUGCGGGAGGAGUCAGAGGGGGCGGAGAAGCAGGUGUUUGGCUUUGACAUCGUGCUCAAUAAAACUGUGCAGACAUACAUCAAGAUGAAGAAAAACCAGAACCAGAUGUGUUGGCUGCUGGAGAAGGUGGGUCGGGACACCGCCUGUCAAGAGGGCUUCAGAACCUUCCAGCAGUUUCUGGACAACCAGCAGUACACACGCAAAGGCAUCCUGCGCUACGAGAAGAUGUUUGGGGCAGGAUACGUCAGCACCGGGGGACCCAGCACUACCAAGGAGUUUGUGGAGCUGCUGAACUUGAAGCCUGGGAUGAAGGUGCUGGAUGUGGGGUGUGGCAUCGGUGGCGGAAACUUCUACAUGGCAAAGGCCUUCGGCGUGGAGGUGCUGGGCCUGGACCUGUCAGCCAACAUGGUGGAUAUCGCCAUAGAGAGGGCCAUGGAGGAGAACCUUCCAUCGGUCCAUUUCGAGGUGGCUGACGCCACUAAGAGAGAGUUCCCAGAAGCGUCGUUUGAUGUGGUCUACAGUCGAGACACCAUCCUGCACAUCGACGACAAACUGGCACUGUUCAAACGCUUCCACUCGUGGCUGAAGCCCGGUGGCCAGGUCCUGAUCACUGACUACUGCUGUGGAGAGAAGCCCUGGACUCCACAGUUCCAGGACUAUGUCAAACAGAGAGGUUACAUUCUCUACACCCCACCACAGUACGGCAAGUUCCUACAGCAGGCAGGUUUCUCUAACGUACGUGCCGAAGACAGGACAGCCCAGUUCACGCAGGUGAUCCAGACAGAGCUGGAGAGAGCAGCAGCCAUGAAAGACGAGUUCAUUAAGGAGUUCUCAGAGGAAGACUACCUGGCCAUAGUCAACGGCUGGAGCGACAAACUAAAACGCUGCAACACUGGGGACCAACGCUGGGGCCUUUUCCACGCAACAAGGAACUGAGGAGAAAAGAUAGGAAAAUAUCCCUUCAGGAGGGAGAGUUCAGUGCCUGGGCCCAGCCACACUGCUUUCAGAUCAACUAGAGGAGAUUACCAGGCGCCAGUACGCCAAAAUCUGAGAUUACAUACACUGAGG